AUGGUCUUAUUAAAUAAAUCUUUAUAUGAUGGUAGACUUGUAGAUCAGAUCAGAUUACCUCAAUUUUUUUUCGUUCCAAAAUGUGAUCUUCCCGCAAAUUUAACUGAUAAAAAAUUUCGUGAUCAUUUUUCUACAAAAGGACAAGUUACGGAUUCAAAGAUUAUACGAACGGC